CGAGUCGUUUUACGUGGAAGAAUGAACGCGGAACUAUAUCCGGGGGAAAGUCGCAACCUUGCCCGAUAUUCGUGAUUUUAACAAGCGUGCUAAAGUCCACGCACAUUCAUUUGAGUCACCGCAUUAUUACAAAUCUUGCGACACCCUGAGAACUUGCAAAACUGGGGCUUUUAGCAAAAGCUUGUUUUUCCGGUCACAGAGCCAAAUGAGACUCCUGCCUGGACUCGGUUUAUUAAAUUUGUUUGCACAAGGCUUGCUGUAAAUUUGCUGGAAUCAUGAUUGACAAGGAUGAUUUCGGGCCCGUCACCAGGAGUCGGCGGCGCGCGACCAUCACCAGCACCAAGAGCGAGUCUGUGAAGCUGCGGAACGGCGCGAGCGCGGCAGCAGCAGCCGCUGACAGUGAUCCCAGAAGCGGACACAAGGCACGGGAGUACCUGGCGAAAAACUUGCAGCUCAACGAAGAAAACAAGCGAAAAUGCGACCGCUACGACAGAAUGAGUUGCCACAAGUUGCAGGAGUCGAUGUUGAGUUCAGCGAGCAGCUUCAAAAACUACAGGGGGAUCCUGAACUGGUGUGUGGUAAUGCUGGUUUUGAGCAACGCACGUCUCUUUUUAGAAAACCUUCUCAGGUACGGCAUUUUAGUGGACCCCAUUCAGGUGGUUUCUUUGUUCCUCAAGGACCCUUAUAGCUGGCCUGCUGCAUGCCUGGUUAUUGUUUGUAAUGUUUUUAUACUUGUGGCACUGUACACCGAGAGAAAGCUAGCCAUGGGGUCGAUCAGUGAAAAGGUCGGCCUGCUGAUCUACAUCUUUAAUUUAACAAUCAUCUUGUGUUUUCCAAUGGUUGUUGUUUUAAAACUGCCAUCUAUUACGCCAGUUGGAGGGGCAUUUGCCUUAGGAAUCUACACCAUCCUGUUUUUGAAACUGUAUUCGUACAAAGACGUUAACAAGUGGUGCAGAGAAAGAACACAAGCGAAGGCCCGCAGCCUGUCUAGAUCUCUUUCAUGUCCAUCACCUCCAUCUACAUCCAGCAGUAUGCAGUCUUAUGUGUCUUACCCAGGAAACCUCUCUCUCAGGGAUAUAUACUAUUUUGUUUUUGCUCCGACCCUGUGCUACGAGCUUAAUUUCCCCCGAUCUGAAUCAAUCCGAAUGGGAUUUCUCCUCAGGAGGCUCUUUGAGAUGUUGCUUCUCACUCAGUUAUUGGUUGGUUUAACACAGCAGUGGAUGGUGCCAAUCAUUCGGAGUUCAAUGAAGCCAUUGCAGGAAAUGGACUACACUAGAAUGACAGAGCGGCUGCUUAGGCUGGCAGUACCCAAUCAUCUCCUCUGGCUGAUAUUCUUCUACUCGUUUUUCCAUUCCUCAAUGAACUUCAUGGCUGAGCUGUUGAGGUUUGGAGAUCGGGAGUUUUACCGUGACUGGUGGAACUCUGAAACGAUAACGUACUUCUGGCAAAACUGGAAUAUUCCCGUGCACAAGUGGUGCCUCCGGCACUUUUACAAGCCGCUGCUGAGACGAGGUGCCGGCAAGUUACUGAGCCAAUCAGCUGUGUUUUUCGCCUCUGCUUUUUUUCAUGAGUAUCUGGUCAGUGUUCCUCUCAGGAUGUUCAGACUGUGGGCAUUUAUGGGAAUGAUGGCACAGAUUCCACUGGCAUGGUUGGUGUCCAGGUUUCUUCGAGGCAACUAUGGAAAUGCUGCUGUGUGGCUCUCACUCAUUAUCGGUCAACCUAUCGCUGUUCUUAUGUAUGUUCAUGACUACUAUGUCACAAAUCACCAAGACGACCUGACUAUCACUGAAGAUCUGUUAUAAUCCUGAUUGGUGCACUUGGUUAAGCAGCUACACUGCUAAAUACUGCGGUAAGACUAUAUAGAUAAUUUUGAGGGGUGUAAACAAAAACAAUGGUCCCAAUGUAUUUCCUGUUUUACAUUUUUCAUUUCUACAGCUUCCGAGAAUCCAAAAAGAGCAACAACAUUGAUAAAUAAUGUUAUGAUAGCUGUUUUAACAUUAAGUCAUGAUUGAAUCCCUCUUGUUACAGUUAUGAAAUAGUUUGAUAACAAGCAGGAAAUGUUCAUGGGAGCACAUUGAAAUGGUCUAUUGUAGAGAUACUGCUGCAGAUGCACUAGAACAUUUGAAUAUUAUGUUUAAACCUGUUUGCCAGUCUAUGCAAAGUCUAGAACUGCCAAUAGAAACACACAGGAGUCUUUAAGCUUUUACAUGUACAAUACUUUUUAUAUGACACAUCUACAGGUGUCAGAUGCUUAACUAAAUUAAAUGGUUCUUAUUUUUUGAGGGUUUAUUACUAGUUGGCAUUACCGACCAUUCGAGAGACUUUCUCACACUCAGGUCUAUGUUCUGUCACUUAUCUCUGCUGUUUAUCAUUUGCAUAGGGACUCUGUAGAAAUGCUGGAACUGAUCACUGCACAAAUAUAUAUAAGUAUGUAUAUAUAU